CGCGUGUCCCCCUAGCGGGGCGUAGAGGGCUCCCGCUCCCUCCAUCCCAUGCUUGCGUGCAUUUCCGUUGGCAAAAUACCUCCUCUCUGGUUAUUUAACUAAAAAAAAAAAAAAGGAUUUUUUUGUUUUCAUUAUUUCUCUCUGUUUCUGUGAUCGGGGACCCCUAAUUCAGUACCGUAGGUUUGGGGGCGGGAAGGAUGAGCCCGGUGCGCUUGGCUCGUUUAUUUCGGGCUGUUCCCCCCCCCCCUUUUUUUUUGCGCGGGGCGCACGUCUAGGACGCGCGGCGAAUUGUUUCCUAUCUUUUUUGUGGAUCUGGAGACGGCCAGGCUUUAGGUUUCUUUCCCCACCCUUAAAGAAUGAGGACCUGUCAGUUCCCAUUAGCGUGAAUUUCCUGUUGGGGACGGUCAUUGCCGGGGUGUGGUCCAGCUGGAAAGCUCCGGCUGGUCCCCGAGAGGUCGCGCCUGCACCCUGAUUGGGUGAAUUUAUCGGGAGUUGAGUAUUUUCCCUGUCCCCCGGAAUGUAGGCAUGAAAGAAGGUGCCGUGUUUGGUAUUUAAGGACCGAGGGUCUGCCCAGACUCGAGGUGCCCUGCCCGGGAAGGUGGCCACUGGCCGCAAGGAGCUGUUGAACACUUGGAAUGUGGCUAGACGGAGUUGAGAUGUGCUCCCAGUGAAAAAGACACACCUGAUUUUGAACGCUUAGUAAGGAAAAAAAGUAAAGAUAUCUCAUUCAUAAUUCUUUCCAAGUUAAAUAAUAGCGGUUGAGAUGAUACUGUUUUGAACAUAGUGGGUUGACUCAAAUAUAUUAUUGUCAUUGGUUUCUUUUUACUUCUUUUUAACACAGUUACUUGAACAUUGAAAAUUAAAUGUACGACUGGCAUAUUUCUGUUGGACAGCGUUCAGCUGGAGCAUUGGAAUGAGGGCAGGGGUAGUAGGAGCUUCUGCCAUCUGUUUUCUCUUUGCCUGCUUCUCUGAUGGCAUGUGGCCUCCUCUCUCCUAGACACUCUUCCUUCUCACCCUCCGCUGAACUGUCGAGCCCAUGGCUUAAGGAGGAUUUUGUCCUCAUUUGCAGUCAAGUUCAUGGACAGAAUUUUCUUUGGGGAAAAAAUGUCAUCUCCUGUGCACUGGAGUACACGGUGGAAAUAGUUGCAGAGGAUUGGACUCAGUCGGAUCAUAAGUUAUUGAAGCUGCGUGUUUGCAAUAUUUGCGUGUGUGUGAUACAGCGAGCCUGCUCAUGUUCAGGGCCUCUGCCAUCUGAAAGCCUUUCUCCAAGUUACUCUGACUUUUGCUUGGGGGCCCCUGUCAUGCCCUGACGUCACUACACCCAUUUCCCUUUCCAGCCCUUAGAUAACUGUCAGGGUUUUUUGCCAGUAAAAAUGGUGGUUGGCACCAUAUUGUCCCCAAUUCUUGAUUGACUGUAAAUCCUGCCAGUUUGGGAGGAUGAAAUCAAUGUUAAGUGAGAGAGAAUCAAUUACUAUAGAAUGUCAACUCUAGGGAGGGUGACUGUUGGAAAGAUAUGAACAUUCCAAUGAAUGUCUGUAUCCUGUUGCCGGGGGUGCUCUAGAAGGGCUUUUUAGAGAAAGUGUGAUGUGUGGAGACUUGAUUCCCAAAUAAUAUCUCGAAUUUUUUUUUUUUUUUAAUGAAAAUGCUUUUUCUCUGGGAUCUUAUGAUCGGAAGUUAAAUUUGUUUUCUCCAAAGUGUGAAGUGUUUACAUCUCAGAAGGCAAAACUUUAGAUAGUAUUUCUAGGGGGGGAGAAAAACUUUAGAUAGUAUUUUUAGUUGGGAGAAAUAGUAAAACAUUGAUCCAGAAGUUAAAAAAUGUAUGCUUGUGACAGUACAUCUAUUUUAAUUCACACACACACACACACGUGACAGAAGCAUAUUAAGUGAGGUGAAAAUUUCCUCUGAUGUAAAGAAACCAGGCUACUCAUCCUUAUUAGGUUUUGCCCCAACAAGACAUUUGGGAUUUAAUUUCGUUGGGAGUUUAGCGAUGUUUUGUUCAUCGGUGCAUAUGAAUUUCCCAUACCUUGUGAAGCCUUAGGAACCAUGUGAUGGAGGCAGUCAGAGAGAGGCUGAAAGUUUUGUGUUUCACAAAUAAGAAAGUGGAACCUUUGCAUGUUAUUAGACUCCCGGAGUCUGGAGCAGGAUAUUUAUCUGGCACUGCAGAACCUCCUCUGUAGUCACCGACCCAGGGUCUGGGGCCCCUGGGCGGACGGUCUGGAAAAUUUCACGUCUUUCCUGUUCAUCUUCCCUCCCAAGCGGAGUUCUUGUGUGUGGUGAGCUCUUUCCCGGGCCUUCAGGGGGCUGGGCUCCUUAAGAGGCACCCUGCACACAUCUGAGGGCAAGUUCAAAGAGCAAAGCUCCGGGGCGGGCGGAGGUGGGGUGGCAGAAAGUAGGAACAUGCUUCCUGAAGGUGUUUCGCACAGCCUUCAUCCGGAGGGCUUCUUUCUCCAUCAAGGGGAAAAAGUGUCUCAUCAAAUAUCCAGCAGGAGAGUCCGAGUUUCAAGAGGGCAGUGGAACGUUGUAGGGAGAACCAGGUUUCUCAUUUAGAAAGUGGAUGUGUGGGGUAACAUGUCCAGUGUGUCCGAGGAGAGAAGAAAAAGGCAGCAGAACAUUCAGGAAGGCCUGCAGUUUAUACAGUCACCGCUGUCGUAUCCAGGAACGCAGGAACAAUAUGCGGUGUAUUUAGGUGCUCUCGUGAGAAAUCUUUUUAACGAAGGGAAUGAUGUUUAUCGGGAGCGUGACUGGAACAGCUCCGUAAGCCAGUAUUCAGAAGCUUUGAGUAUAGCUGAUUAUGCAAAGUCUGAAGAAAUUUUAAUCCCUAAAGAAAUCAUUGAAAAACUACAUAUAAAUCGUAUUGCUUGCUAUUCUAUUAUGGGCUUCCAUGAUAAAGUCUUAGAAGACUGCGAGACAGUUCUCAGUCUCAAUGCCAGUAACUGCAAAGCUCUGUAUCGGAAAUCUAAGGCUCUCAGCGAUUUGGGAAGAUACAAAGAGGCUUACGACGCUGUAGCGAAGUGCUCCUUGGCGGUGCCUCAGGAUGAACAUGUAAUAAAACUCACGCAAGAACUAGCUCAGAAAUUGGGAUUUAAAAUAAGAAAAGCAUAUGUCAGAGCCGAGCUCUCACUAAAAUCAGUUCCUGGGGAUGGGGCUGCCAAGGCUUUGAACUGUUCUGUGGAAGAUAUUGAGCCAGAUUUAUUAACUCCGAGGCAAGAAGCAGUUCCUGUUGUCUCUAUACCUACUUCCAGUUUUUCUCACCAAGUUGGAAGUGAGCUGGCCUCAGUUCCUGUUAUGCCCAUAGCUUCGGUGUUGCCGCUGCCGGUGGAAGAGAGUUCUCUGCCGUCGACCGUGUUGGCAAAUGGAGGGAAGAUCCCCUUCGUUAUGCCGGAACCGUUUUUAGAUGAUGGCGACAUGGUCCUGGGAGAUGAGAUAGAUGAGCUCCUUGACUCUGCGCCUGAAACUAAUGAAAAUGUUAUGCCAUCAGCCUUAGUCAGAGGCCCCCUGUCGACGGCCACUGUCACCCCAAACAUCCCCUUCUCGGCGUCUCUCCUGGGCACCCUGCCCAUUGGUGCAAGAUACGCGCCUGCACCCUCCUUCUCGGAGCUCUUCCCACCUCUGGCUUCAUCCUUGGAAGAUUUCUGUUCUUCUCUAAAGUCGUUUUCAAUGAGCGAAUCCAAACGAGAUCUGUCCACCUCAACUUCUAGAGAGGGAACAUCGCUUAACAGCAGUAAUUCUUCCCUUUUACUUAUGAAUGGACCGAGCAGUUUGUUUGCUUCGGAGAGUUUCCUGGGCCUUUCAACUCCCGCCAGGAAUGAGUUUGGAAACAUUUUCACAAGUGCAGUAACUAAGCCACCUUCUUCAGUGACCCCAAGACAUCCCCUCGAAGGAACCCAUGAACUGAGACAAGCUUGCCAGAUCUGUUUUGUAAAAUCAGGCCCUAAGUUAAUGGAUUUCACUUACCUAGCUAAUAUAGAUCAUAAAUGUAAGAAAGAUAUUUUAAUUGGUAGGAUAAAGAAUGUUGAAGAUAAAUCAUGGAAAAAAAUACGUCCAAGACCAACAAAAACAAAUUAUGAAGGACCUUAUUAUAUAUGUAAAGAUGUUGCUGCCGAGGAGGAAUGUAGAUAUUCAGGCCACUGCACAUUUGCUUAUUGCCAAGAAGAGAUAGACGUCUGGACCCUGGAGCGAAAGGGGGCGUUUAGUAGGGAGGCUUUCUUUGGCGGCAAUGGAAAGAUCCACCUUACCGUAUUCAAACUUCUCCAAGAGCAUCUUGGAGAAUUUAUAUUCCUGUGUGAGAAAUGUUUUGAUCAUAAGCCUAGAAUGAUAAGUAAAAGAAACAAAGAUAAUUCUACUUCUUGUUCUCAUCCUGUUACAAAGCACGAGUUUGAAGACAAUAAGUGCCUUGUCCACAUUUUGCGAGAGACAACAGUAAAAUACUCCAAAAUCCGCUCUUUUCAUGGCCAGUGUCAGCUUGACCUAUGCCGACACGAGGUUCGCUAUGGCUGUCUGCGGGAAGACGAGUGCUUUUAUGCACAUAGCCUCGUGGAAUUGAAAGUCUGGAUGUUGCAGAGUGAAACAGGAAUCUCACAUGACGCUAUUGCCGAGGAAUCUAAACGCUAUUGGCAAAACUUGGAAGCAAAUGUACCUGGAGCACAGGUACUUGGCGAUCAAAUAAUGCCUGGAUCUCUUAAUAUGAAGAUAAAAUUUGUAUGUGCUCAGUGUCUGAGAAAUGGUCAAGUCAUUGAACCAGACAAAAACAGAAAAUAUUGUAGUGCAAAAGCAAGGCAUUCGUGGACCAAAGAUCGGCGGGCCAUGAGAGUGAUGUCUAUUGAACGUAAGAAGUGGAUGAACAUCCGUCCUCUCCCCACAAAGAAACAAAUGCCUUUACAGUUUGAUCUGUGCAAUCAUAUUGCCUCUGGAAAAAAAUGUCAGUAUGUUGGGAACUGUUCCUUCGCUCACAGUCCCGAGGAGCGAGACGUGUGGACAUACAUGAAGGAGAACGGGAUACAAGAUAUGGAGCAGUUUUAUGAACUCUGGCUAAAGAGCCAAAAAAAUGAAAAAAGCGACGACGUAGCCAGUCAGUCCAACAAAGACAACGGGAAGCAGAUUCACAUGCCUACGGAUUACGCGGAAGUCACCGUGGACUUCCACUGCUGGAUGUGCAGGAAGAACUGUAACAGCGAGAAGCAGUGGCAGGGCCACAUCUCCUCUGAGAAGCACAAGGAGAAGGUUUUCUACACCGAAAGUGACCAGUACUGCUGGCAGCACCGCUUCCCAACAGGAUAUUUUAGUAUUUGUGAUAGGUAUAUAAAUGGCACCUGCACGGAAGGAAGCAGCUGUAAGUUCGCACACGGCAACGCUGAACUUCAAGAAUGGGAAGAAAGAAGAGAUGCCCUUAAGAUGAAGCUCAACAAAGCCCGAAAAGAUCACUUAAUUGCCCCCAAUGAUAAUGACUUUGGAAAAUAUAGUUUUUUGUUUAAAGAUUUAAACUAACAUGCUGGCUUUUAUGUAUGUUACCUAAUCAGAGCAUUGACCAGAGAAAUUGCAGGUUCUACGGCACGUGGCAGAGGAGCUGCAGAUUUUCUGCUUCUAUUGGCGUUUCUCUUCCCUCCUGAGCAGCAACCCACAGUAGAUAGGAAAACGGGCUGUCUGAUGGGUCUGGCCAGGCUCUCACGGCACCUGUGGCAUCAGAUGGCCAAGUGACCGCUACCGGUUGCCAUCUCUUGAACAGACUUUUGGAUGAAUUGUGUUGGGGAGGAGGAUACGGUGAUGUUGAGGGCAACUCCUCGAGUUGGUCCUUCAAGACAGAUCCGUGAUGGUGAGAGAGAAACACUGUGCUGGGAUCAGAACACGUGGCGGAUGAAAUGCUUCACAUGUUUUAAGCCGAAGGAAAUUUGUCUAAUAUAAUAAAGUUUGCUACUUAAUCUGUACGUAGGUUGCUAAAAAGGAUUUUCUUAACUCAGAUUUUAAGCCAAAUAACCAUUUAACACUAGUAUAUGUUAAAUGGGGUAUUUUUCUGUAUUUGUAUGUUUCACUAUAAUAAGGGAACCGAUGAUGCGUAUUGAGAAUAUUUUGAAAAAUAAUCAGGUUGACUCAAAUUUUAUUUCUUGGUCUUUUGCUGUUUAAAUAAUGAUUUUGAACGAUUAAACUUGUACUGUUGGUAUUGUGUCGUGUAUGGACCAAUAUUGCCUGUAAUAAAGAUUUUAUAUAUA